UGCUGGUUUACGUUUUGCAGUCCUCCCCGAGUUGGGGGCUAAUGGUAUAUUCUCAGCGUUCCUUUUCACGGAAGUUCCGACAGCUUCCAUAGACAGCUUCAGCUGUACUUCCGCCUUCGGAUUUUUCAGCGAAAACACAGAAAUGACUGCGACACUGCGUCCGUACUUGAAUGCGGUGCGUGCUACACUUCAGGCCGCCCUAUGUUUAGAGAACUUCUCCUCUCAGGUAGUUGAACGUCACAACAAGCCUGAAGUGGAGGUUCGGAGUAGCAAAGAGUUGCUUUUACAGCCAGUCAUCAUCAGCAGAAAUGACAAAGAGAAGGUUUUGAUAGAGGGCUCCAUCAACUCUGUGCGUGUUAGCAUCGCUGUUAAACAGGCUGAUGAGAUUGAGAAGAUCCUCUGCCAUAAGUUCAUGCGCUUCAUGAUGAUGAGAGCAGAGAACUUCUUCAUCCUGCGGAGAAAGCCAGUGGAGGGCUAUGACAUUAGCUUUCUCAUCACAAACUUCCACACGGAGCAAAUGUACAAGCACAAACUGGUGGACUACGUCAUCCACUUCAUGGAGGAGAUCGACAAGGAAAUCAGCGAGAUGAAGCUGUCCGUCAACGCCCGCGCUCGCAUCGUCGCCGAGGAAUUCCUCAAGAAUUUCUGAGAAACAAUAGUGUCUGCAGUCUGCGCACUGGCCAUGUGACACUCAACACCCGAGGUGACUAAGGGAUAUACAAGGUGCCUCUGAGACAGCAACGCUACUCUACACAAUGACAGACUUGCCAACCAUGGAGCGGGAGAUCGACUCCAACCCUGUUUGAGUUGCAUCAGCGUGCAAUUGCACUGUCCGGUAGCAACUUAAGAGCCAUAAUGAAUCCUUUAGUCCCUCACUUCACUCAACUCGCUCUGCUCCAGCUCAAGGCUUGUCUGUCAAACCAGUUAAGCACUGUGAUAAUUGCCAGUGUACCACAGUUUUUACGAACAGUUAUCAUAUGUAACAGAAUGUCAUUCACCCGCAUUGUCGUGACACCCCCUUCCCCACCAAUUUAGACAUCUGAUGCCACUCAUGGGUCAAGGUACACACAAGACCAAAUUUCCUCCCGUCAUUCUAAUGGAUGUUCUUCUGUUUUAUAUAAAAGAUAAUAUAUGCAUGUGUACUACAAUGUUCCUUAGUUUAUUUUGUUAUGAAAAUAUGUCAUCAUAUCAGGAAAGGAAGUCUAUGUGGAAUAAGUAUAAAAUAAGGAAAAUGUUGUGCGUGUGUGCGCAUGUGUUUGUGUGUGUGUGUGUGUGUGUGUGUGUGUGUGUGUGUGUGUGUGUGUAUGUGUGUGAGAGUGAAACUGAGGUAAAAUACCUUAGGCUUCUGCGCUUGUGAUGCACUCAGAUGUAGACUGGACAUUCCAAAAUUCAGAAGCUGACCAGAGAAAGCUUAGCUGUUUGGUCAGAGAGUAAAACUUUGAAUACAAAAGCUAUUAACACCCCAUGCUUUGUAAUGUAAUUCAUUUUUCAUCGUUUUCUACUUUAUGCAAUAAAUGUUUACGCACAGUGACCAAA